CAUCAGCAGGAACGCAACACAUUUUCAGAAAAAGGUGGAGGAAGCUGGUGGUGCUGAUGGCGGUUUUAACAUUUCUCUGCAUGGUCUCAGUUUCAACUCAAGGAGGAAUUUCAAGUUGCUGUUUAAAGAUUUCACGCACCCAAGUUCAUCGAGACUUUUUGAAGAAGUACUAUGUCCAGUAUCCACCAUCCUGCUCCAAACAUGCAGUGGUGUUUACCACAAUCAAAAAUGUCAGAAUCUGUGCCAACCCUAACUCACUCUGGACGCUCACCAGUAUGGCCUAUCUGGAUGGAAAGAACUGGCAAAAUGCCACAAAAAUAUGAUCUUGUGGUGAUUUUGAAGGGUUUCAAAUGAAAUGUACAUAUUUCUGGCAGAAGAACAAGAAAGCAUAUUAUAUGUAUAGCUGUGAUUUUGCAUUCACACCUUGGGUUGCUGUGGUAACAGCUAAAAGCUAAUCAUAAUAAUAAAAGUCACACGGUUUUUUAUUGUAAAAAUAUAAAUAACUUUUUUGUGUGUUAACUGACAUUAAUGAAUGCUUGCAAAUCAGCAUGUGACUGUGCUUCAGCUGCAGUCUGUUUAAUUUUAGUUUCAGAUCUGAAGGAAACAGGGAGAAACCUGCAACCUCAGAACUCAGCACUCCAUUCCCACUGAUAACUAACCACUGAAAAAUGUGACGACAUGUGACAGCUGCUUACUGACUUAUGUGAGCGUGAGAAAAGAUUGAUCUGAUUAAAAAGGACAGAAGCGACAAAGAACAAAUCACUUUCACUACAGGGAAUUUAAAAACAAAUACAUUUGGAAUUGUACUUGAAGUGUUUGACGCCUAAAUUUAUUUCCAGCUAUGAAGACAAAAUGUUUUUGCUUUCAUGUAGAUAGAUGAAGCUAAAUUUGGACCAGAAGUUGUUCGAUGCCUAUUUGCAUCGAGAGACGUUAUAAGGGUUAAGUAAACUGAGUAAUCUGACAAAACAUCCUUUGACAAAUAAAGGUAAAAAUGAAGUUCUUUGCAUUUUUUUUAUAGUUUCCAGGAUUUGCUGAGUGUUUUGCAGUUUUGCCAUGACAUGUUUGGACAAAUUCAUGUUUUGAUUUUAAGAUGUUUGGCUGUAAAUAAAUCCCCUACAUGAUAAGCCGCUUGCUGUAUUUUUAAUGUCUAUUCGAUGUGUAACAACCUUACCUUAUCAAGAUUCAUUAAAAUUCAUAAAAAUUGUAAUCUCUAAUAGUCCGAGACAAGUGUUACAAGCAAAUGUGUAUAAACAAAUGUGUG